UGGUGGGACUUUUACCUGGGAGGUGUGUUGGGGGCUUCAUGGAGCCCCUAGGGUGCUCUGGUAUACACCCUGAGUCCCAGCUCUUAAGGCUGCUGAAGGCGUUUCUUUUUGUGACGGUUGCUCAUUAAACCAGCAGGUUUUGGUGACCUGCUAAGUUAGGUUCAAACCCUGUGCUGAACCUGCAGCGCCUGGCACUCCUCAGUCCAGCUCAGCUCUGCCAAGAAACUGGGAUCUUACUGUAGCUCUUGGAACCGCAUUCUAAACUUGACCAUUGCCUGGCGAAGCAGCUGGAAUAAAAGCUCUUGGGGCGGUCGGAGAGAGCCCAAGAGCUAUGUUUGCCCUUUCCCUUCGGCUCCCUCCAACCUCGACUCCCUCCUCACCUCCUCCCACCCCAUUUCCUCCCUCUCUACUCUCACCUCAUUCUCUCCACUCCUAAACCCCUCACUCUUGCCUUCUCCCCCUUAAUCAGCCCCACCCCAAACCUUCCUCUUCAGUUGAGAACUAACCUUGGCUGCUUCUCAUUCCUCCUCUUCCCACCUCCCCAUUCUGCUCCCUUCAGUUUCUCCUUCCCUUUCUCCUUACCUUUCCAGCUUCUCUCCCCACUCCCUCUCUUUUCUUUCUCUCUACCACCUACCCUUCCCCGCCCCCCACCUUCCCUCUGCCUCAGCGCUCAGUGUUUGCUUUUCUCCCGGAUGCAGAUGAAAGGGUUGGCUUGCCCGUGCCCUGCCCUACCCAACUUCUUGGAACUGGGGGCCUGCUUGAUGGCUGAGGGUUCCCGGACUCAGGCAUCGGGUCAAGGGCCUCCUAUCAACGUCCAGUUCCUCCGCGCCCAGUAUGAAGGUCUGAGGAGACAGCAGAGGACCCAAGCCCACCUGAUGGUAUUUCCUAAAGAAGGGACCAUGCUUACUCCAGCUGAAUCAAUGACGAGUGCCAUUUGGAUUAACAAGGAGAGAAAGAGCUCCCUGUCCCCAGAUGAGACUGACUCGGAGGUUGAGGGGACGCUGGAGGACGUGGACAGGAGCUGCCAUCAGACUCCCGAGACGCCUUGGCACACCUACCUAGAGAUGCAUCGCUUGGUUCAAACUCUCCAUCUGGAAACCAGCCACCAAGGGAACCCCAAGGGCUACCCUGCGGAGUCAGAAACAAGGCUCUCUCCAGAGGGAGACCCUAAUGUGCUGGAAAAUGAUCAGAAGACUCAGCCAGAAACCGAAAUCGCAGAGGUGGCCCAGUGUCAAAGUCAGGAGGGCUGUGGCCCACUACAGGCAGCAGGCUCCAGUCUGCAAGCCGGGAUCCAGUGUCUUUCUCCAGCAAAGAACCUACACAGGUCUGGAAAGCCGACUCAUUACCCAUUUCCCCAGAGGAAACUUCCCAGGAUCUCCCAAGCUGCCCGGAACCUGGGCUUAUAUGGCCCACCCUGAAGUGUUCCACUCAGCCAGAUGUCUCAUCCUUGUGGCCAUCAGUCAGCUCAUCAAGGAUUGGCCCAGCCACAACCAGACAGAACCUUGAACAGUGAGCCACAAUGGCACCACCCCAGCUGUUGGAAUCCCGAGAACUGAACUUCUUCACGGGAAACCGUCUUUCCCUUCAGCAGUCCGGAGACUGCCCACCUGACUGCUUAUGUCAAGAUGAGCAUGCUCUCUCAUCCACGUGGCCCCAUUUUAGUCAUAUAGAAAAGCAUCCCCAGUCGUCCUAGAUGGUUUUCCGUGGCUGGGACCAGUAGAACUUUGGUCCCAGAAGGAAGACAGGAAGCUUAGCCAGAGGGAUAGUUUCACAAUGUCUGGGGGGGGGGGGUCUGUGGAUAUAGAUCUUUUUUUUCUUCAAUAUUUUCUGAUUCUUUGUAUAUUCUGGGAAGAUCUUUGAGAAUUUAGAUCCUUUUUUCUGGCUUCUCUGUCUGAGGAUUUAGAGACAAUUCAGUUAGUAGCAGGGCUCUCACCUUUUCCUCGUAAGCCUCCCAGACUGUGGUCAGCCCUGGUGGCAGAUCCUUUCCACCUACCAUCCUGGGCGUUCAAGGAGUCCUUGGGGAAGGAUGGUUCCUCUCACCUGUCACGGAGGUGGUAUAGCCCAGCUUCAUCACAAAUCUGUUUCCCGUCAGCCUUCUCUUCUAUCUUUUCCCCCCAUUCUUCCUACCCUUGUGUUCUCUUCUGUCUAUUAACUUCAUAUUAAAAUCUACCAACCCCUA